GGUGGCUGGUAUUUUCAGUGGAUAAACACUUCCACAUUCAGCAGGAAGGAAUCAUUUCGGAAGAUACAAUUCAAUUAAUAGAGAAUUGAACAAAAGAGAACAAAUAAUAGAGUGUGACAAGCUUUCUUGGAUAAGGUCAAAUAUGAAAAAAAAUACAUUGAAAUAUAAAUUAUUAUAAAAUAUUAUUAUAUUGAUUGUGAGAUCAUUAAAAUGAUAAUUGGAUAGAAGACGGAUUUAUGCUUGAGGUUACAUGUGACAUGAAAUAAUCUCUUUAUUAGCCUGUUAGCAGCUACUGCAGUAAUAGGCUACUUCCUGCUGCUCUCAAUGGGCUAACAUGAGUCUGAACAUUGGAUAUUAAAGUUAUGCGUAAGCAUUAUAUACACAAACGCGGAUUCUUCGAUGCAGAUAUUUAUCCGACCCAUGGACUUUGAGGGUGAGACUGGAUGACAUUAUCAUCAUGCCGUCAGCGAAGGUGCUGAAGAAUGCCCAGUACAUUGAAUUGGGCAGUUACCAGUACUGGCCUGUUCUGGUGCCCAGAGGAAUCCGCCUGUACACUUACGAGCAGGUGCCGGGAUUCCUACGGGAAAAUCCUUACAUCACCGAUGGCUACAGAGCCUAUCUGACCUCUAGACUGUGCAUUAAAAGCCUUUUCAUUCUGUCCAAUGAGACGGUAAACAUCUGGAGUCAUCUGUUGGGGUUCUUCCUGUUCUUCACGCUGGGGGUUUAUGACUUGUUGGCGGUGUUGCCGAUGUUAGGAGCUUCCAGAGAAGACUAUGUCAUAUACUCCAUAGGUCUCUUCUGCUUCCAGGUGUGCAUGCUGUGUUCUGUGGGCUUUCACCUAUUCUGCAGCCACCGAUCCGAAAAAAACAGCCGCCGAUGGAUGGCACUUGACUACGCCGGGAUCUCCAUCGGAAUCAUAGGCUGUUACAUUCCAGGAGUGUUCUAUGCAUUCUACUGCAAUAACGUAUGUGCAGGGGCCUGAUCAUUCACUUAAUUUCUCUCUGGUAAAUAAUAGGUUACAAUACAAUCAGUUAAAAAAAAGUUUAGGAACACGGAAAAUUAAGUUUACCCUGGCCUUAAGAAAUCCAGUCAGAAUACUAAAUAAGUGAGUGUAAUAGAAUUUUUUAGGAUGCAUUUCUGCGUUGUCUAAUAAUGCUAUAGGCUUGUGAUUCUGUUGCCCGCUUAGAAAGCCAAGUUCACGCUACAGGAUUUUAAGCCCGAUUUGCAAAUCGUUGAGCUUGCCGACAGGUCAGGGUGUUAUCGCGUGCAAAUCACGGGGGAUUAGCGGGCGAUGAACGUUUGCCAAUCUUUUAGUAUGAAAGAGCCAACAACACAUCGAAGACGUUCGCAGACGCAUCGCCGAGCCCCAAAAAAAUAUCUAGCAUGCUAGAUAUCCAGAGCCGUCGUGCGACUCAACCUCAGUGAUGCCAUGAGCUAUAGCCAAUCAUCAGACUGAUCUCAUGAAGUAGCGUGUGUAUGACACGCCAAUUCGUAUUUCCAUUUUUGGCGUGCUAUUUGGAGUACUAUGGAUUUAGACCAUACCAUAGUACUGAAACAGCUCUCAUUAAGUCACAAAUGAUUUGCUCUUAUCAUCCGAUCAUGGUUGUAUCUCUAUAUAGUGCGUUUUGUCAACUCGUGUAGUGCGUUACCGUUACUUCCUGUUGUGGAUCAAUCACGUUGUGUUGUGUGGUGUGCACAGCAAGUCAUGUAAUGUGAACCGCACAGUUCAGCCCGACGUUUUAAAAUCAUGUAGUGUGAACAAGGCUUUAGUGCUUACUAAUGAAAAAGUAAUUGUUUUCUAGCCAUUGUUUGUGUAUUGUGUAUGGUCAUUGGUCAGUGUCUAUGUUAGUGCAAUUAGUCAAGACAAAUUUCCCUUUGGGCAAAAUAAAGUGUACUGAAGUGAACUAAACCAUUCUGGCUUGGGGAGGUGAAAGUGGCACUGGAGGUAGGCUUCCUAUAACUUCAUAAAUGAAGUAAUAUGUGUUUAUUGGUGGAGUCGGAUCCAAGUAGGACACAUAGGGUUCAAUAAGAAUGGCAUGAAGAGUCUCUACACUGUGCGAUCGACGGUCAUGGCCAAUGUGGACAAGGGUAGAUUAAUUAGGUGGCUUGAGGUAUAUCGUCCCACUGUGGUCUCUAGCAGAUGGUUGGCCUGCUUUUUUUUGUGGGCAUAUGUUACCUGUGCAACAGAUACAGGGCAAGAGUUCACCUAUUCCUGGGGAAAGCAGUCUGGUGUGUGUGUGCGUUGUAAAUCCUACUACAUGGAGAGACUGUUUAUAUGUUUAGUAAAGACCAUUAUUCUA